UUUCACUCUCUCUUUCUCUCACACACACACACACACACACACACACUCAAUCAUCAUUUCACCAUGGGCAACUUUGCUGCCAACGAGGGACUUUCGGUCUUUGUCAUUUUGGUAUGGCUGGGAAUCAACGCUUACCUGUUUGUCCAGUUCUACAUGAACUUCCUGACUGAGAGAUGGUUCUACACACGGGUCCUUCUUGGGGAUGCCCUCUCCUGGGCCAGGGCUCCUGCAGCCUGUCUCAACUUCAACUGUAUGCUUAUUCUGCUGCCAGUCUGCCGGAACCUUCUGUCCUUCCUGCGCGGCUCCAUUCAGUGUUGCAGUCGCACAGCUGCUCGACAACUGGACAGAAACAUCACCUUUCACAAGCUGGUAGCUUACAUGAUAGCAUUUCACACAGCGGUCCACAUCAUCGCCCACCUGUUUAACUUUGAGUGGUUCAUGGGAGCCCAGCUGUACAGGAACAGCAGCUCUCUGCCCUUUGUGCUGUCCCAGAUUGGCACCGGAGACAAUGCCUCCUACCUAAACCCCAUCAGGACUGACCAGACCAACCCAACCAUAGUGAUGUUCACUACCAUCGCGGGGUUAACGGGCGUGGUCAUCACCUUGGCCCUCAUCCUCAUCAUUACAUCAUCCAUGGAGGUCAUCCGCAGGUCAUACUUCGAGGUUUUCUGGUACACCCAUCACCUCUUCAUCAUCUUCUUCAUCGGACUCGUCUUCCACGGCUUCGGGCGAAUUGUCCGAGGGCAGACCGCUACAAGUCUCCUGGAGAACAAGCCAUCGCAGUGUGCAGAUCAGUUUGAGUCAUGGGGAAUGAACGGGACCUUCUGCCCUAAGCCAGAGUUUGCUGGGAACCCUCCUAUGACAUGGAAGUGGGUGGUGGGGCCUAUGAUCUUGUAUGUGUGUGAGAGACUGGUCCGAUUCUACCGCUCCCAACAGAAGGUGGUCAUCACCAAGGUGGUGAUGCACCCGUCCAAGACCCUGGAGCUCCAGAUGAAGAGGAAGGGCUUCAGCAUGGAGGUGGGCCAGUACGUCUUCAUGCAGUGUCCCUGCGUCUCCCAGCUGGAGUGGCAUCCCUUCACCCUCACCUCCGCCCCCGAGGAGGAUCACUUCAGCGUCCACAUCCGUAUCGUGGGCGACUGGACCCAGGGCCUGUACGAGGCCUGUGGGGGGGACAAAAACGAGACCCAGGAGGCAUGGAAACUGCCCAAAAUGGCGAUAGAUGGCCCGUUUGGUACGGCCAGUGAGGACGUGUUCGGCUAUGAGGUGGUCAUGCUGGUGGGUGCUGGCAUCGGGGUCACCCCCUUCGCCUCCGUCCUCAAGUCAGUGUGGUACAAACACAUCCAGGAGAACCAGAACGUCUUCACCAAGAAAAUCUACUUCUAUUGGCUGUGUCCUGAGACCCAGGCGUUUGAGUGGUUUGCUGACCUGCUGCAGUCUCUGGAGGGACAGAUGACAGAGAAAGGCAUGGUGGACUUCCUCAGCUACAACAUCUACCUGACCCGCUGGAAAGAGACCGAGGCUGCUCACUUCAGAGUUCACCAUGAGGCAGAGAAUGACCCUAUCACAGGGCUGAAGCAGAAGACUCUGUAUGGGAAACCUAACUGGGACAAUGAGUUUACUACUAUUGGGACAAAGCAUCCAGAGAAAAAAGUAGGAGUGUUCCUGUGCGGUCCCACCCAGCUGGCUGACGUCUUGGAGAAGCAGUGCCUGUCUCACUCUGAGGCUGGUGUCAAGUUCAUCUUCAACAAGGAAAACUUCUGAGACCCCAACACCACUCCAAGAGUACCAAUUAUUCAUACUUUAUCAAAGUUAGCUUUCAAUAUUGCCCAGACCCAGAGUAUCCUCUGGCUUGUAAGCCGUUUCACAUUCCUAAACUGUUGUGUUGUUAUCCCCAACAUAAACAAUCAAUGGUUUUUAUAUGGAUUCUUUGGGUGAAUCACAUUUUUUUUUAAACUUAAGUGCCCUUAUCUCACACAAGUUCAUCAGAUCAUAGCAACAAAAAUGUAAGUAAACUUCACUGUUCUAAUCAUGACCUUCCACACCCCUCCUCAGUGACAUUUCACAAUGGGUUUCUUGCACAAAUCUGUGAAGAAAUGACCAAACCUACCCGCAUUUACCACAGAGGCUAGAACGUUAUUCUUGUUCUGCAAUACAACAUGCAAACACAGAAACUCUAGUGUCAAAACUCUCUAGUUCCACUUCCUCCUGUUUCUGGUGUUGUAUUUACAAGUUUGUAUAAGCAAAAUAAUAUGCAUAAAGUUUACUUCAUUUAAAAUCAUAUUUUCUUUUCACUGCACCGGGGAUAGUCUACCAGACAUUUAGCCUUUGCAGCUUUCUUCAGUGUGUAGGUACAGCAAACGUUUGUCUAAAAUGAAAAUGAGCAGCAACAAAAAGCUGUUUGGGAUGUGAUAUUCUAGUUAUCCCAGCUGCAACUUCUCCUGCUGGACUCAAUAGCAGCUGUUUGGGAUGUGAUAUUCUAGUUAUCCCAGCUGCAGCUUCUCCUGCUGGACUCAAUAGCAGCUGUUUGGGAUGUGAUAUUCUAGUUAUCCCAGCUGCAGCUUCUCCUGCUGGACUCAAUAGCAGCUGUUUGGGAUGUGAUAUUCUAGUUAUCCCAGCUGCAGCUUCUCCUGCUGGACUCAAUAGCAGCUGAGAGUUUCUGUAGGCUGGCCAAGUGAGUGAUACAUUUCAGCGACCAGUGAGCACACAGACACUGAGUCAGUCCUAUGUGUGUACAUGGAGUUCAGCGUCUCUUUUUACUGAGGUCACAGUCAAAUAAAGCUAAAGUGCUGGUGAGGAAAAGUCUUGCAGCGUGUGACUGAUCAACUAGAAUGCAUAAAGUAUUGUGAUAACGCUUGGCUAGAGUUGUUCUGCAUGGUGUUGUAUUUGUGCUACUUGAUAAGUUAUACACGGACAUCAUAAAAAGGUUUAAUUUGAACGUUUAAUGACAUUCAGCUAUGGGUCCUACAGUCUAUUGAUGGCACCUUCCACCCCACAAAAUUGCAGGCAUAUUUCUAUGGAACUUGUUAUUUUAUUCUUCAUUUGUUUAAACAAUGAUUGCAACUUGAAAUCGUGUCUGUAUACAAUAUCCUGUGAUCGGUUUACAUAGCAUUUCCUAAAGCAAGUUCAUCUGAUCUGUGAUGUAAAAUAAUGUACAUAAUAAACACUGCUUUUCCUCACCCUAUAUCAAGGAAGUGGGACAACAGGACAAAUAUAAGCACCCACCAAAAUGAUUAUUUAUUCAUUAUAAGUAAAGCCAACAUUAUAGUUGGAACAUUGGUAUCGUAAGGUAGUAGCUUCGAAGACAAGCUGUCAUAAUAGGAAGAUUUCAACUGAUGCAUUUAAAGUCAAUGAAUAAAGUGUCUUCAGGGUAGACAGCAUUUCAGCCCAUCCAGAGCAUUUCAAUAGAUGCAUUAAAUAAGUCAAUGGAACGCAGACCGUGGGGAUUGAAGGACGCAGGAUUGGCACACAUUCAACAAAUCUGAUCUAACAAAGUAGAUAUUUGUCAAAUCCAUUAUGAUUGAUGUAUUGUAACGGGCCCACAAUGUGGUUACUAAAGUUCGAUGUGGAUUUAUUUGGCUGUUUUCACUGCAUAACAUUUAGAAGUUGUCCCGUUUCAGGUUUAGAAGAAGUGACCGCUAAAUGCUAACUCCCAUUCCUAUAAGCUGGUAGCAUAGCUAGCAUACAGAAAUCAGUGGUGGUCGUCAGUCCGUUUUUCUUCUUCUAGUAUUACAUUGUUUUUGAUUAUUGCAUUGUUGGGUUUUGAGUUUGCAAUAAAGGCAUUUCACUGUA